UACGCGACUAGUGAGACGUACUUACGAUACAAUGCAGUCAAUAAGAUGCUGCACUCAAGCCCGCCAUAGAAUCCUAUGCUGCACUUGAUGUGUAUGCGUCCACACUUUACCCUGGUCCAUAUGGCACGUCGCCACGCGGUCAGAAGCAGGCAGCAAGCACGCUAAUUUCUGAAUCGAGUACCGCCUGGUUGACGCUCUUUCUGCUUCGUCUUGUGGUCCCCUUGUCCACUUUCUGUUGGUACAGAACAUCAUGGCGGACACAAUCAAAAUCCUCGUUGCCACCGACAAUCAUGUGGGCGCUCAUGAGCGAGAUCCGAUCCGAGGAGACGACUCAUGGCAAUCCUUUCAUGAGAUCAUGUGUCUGGCGAAGGAACGAGAUGUCGAUAUGGUCUUGCUAGCCGGCGAUCUCUUCCACGAGAACAAACCCUCCCGGAAAUCAAUGUACAAUGUCAUGCGCUCCAUACGGCUGAAUUGCCUUAGUGAUAAGCCAUGCGAACUGGAAAUGCUCAGUGAUGAGUCUGAACAUUUUGACGCCACCUUUGAUCAUGUCAACUAUGAGGACCCGAACAUCAAUGUCGGGAUUCCAGUCUUCUCCAUCCACGGCAAUCAUGAUGAUCCCACAGGUGAAGGUCACUACGCCGCAUUGGACCUACUCGCUGUCUCCGGCCUCGUCAACUACUUUGGCAAGACACCGGAGAGUGACAACAUAGUGGUCAAGCCCGUCCUCAUACAGAAAGGCCGCACCAAACUCGCACUCUAUGGCAUAUCCAACGUCCGCGACGAGAGACUUCACCGUACAUUUCGAGAUAGCAAGGUCCAAUUCCAUCGGCCAAGCACGCAAAUGGGCGAUUGGUACAAUGUCAUCUGCGUCCAUCAAAACCAUCACGCCCACACAGAAACAUCAUACCUCCCCGAGUCCUUCCUGCCUGACUUUCUCGAUUUUGUCAUCUGGGGCCACGAGCACGAAUGCAUAAUCGAGCCGACAUGGAACCCUGAAAUGGACUUUCAGGUCAUGCAACCAGGCUCAUCCGUUGCCACUUCAUUGAUGCCUGGUGAGGCCGUCUCAAAGCAUGUCGCUCUUGUCACAAUCACUGGGCGAGAGAUGAAGUCAGAAGCAAUCCGGCUAAAGACCGUACGCCCCUUCGUGUACAAAGACAUCUCUCUCAGUACAGACAAAGAAGCCGUCAAGAUUGCCAAAAGCAAAGAGGAACAUCGCGCUCUGCUGACACAACAUCUCAUCAAAAUCGUUGAGGACUUGAUAGUGCAGGCGCAACAAGAAUGGGAAGAAGCACAGGAAGAGAGACAGGACGAUGCUGAUGAGCCCGAAGAAUGCCCAUUACCACUAAUCCGCCUGAGGGUCGAGACAAGUGCGCCUGAAGGUGUGGGCAAAUUUGACAUCGAGAAUCCCCAGCGCUUCUCGCAACGCUUCACCAGUCGAGUUGCCAAUACGAACGAUGUCGUCCAAUUCCAUAUCAAGAAGAAAAACGCGGCCGCUCGUGCUGCCCGAGACAAAGAGGCAGACCGAGAAAUAAUGGCGAAGUUUCAAGGUGUUGAAGUCAUCCAGGUUGAAAAGCUAGUGCAUGAGUUCCUCCAAGCACAAUCACUCACUAUCCUGCCUCAGAAUUACUUCGGCGAUGCAGUCAGUCAAUACGUAAACAAGGAUGACAAGCACGCCAUGGAGCUGUUCGUGAACGAAUCUCUGGCAGACCAGAUCAAAAACCUGGUGAAGCUCCAAACUGAUGCCAACGACAACGAGGAGGAUGAAGAUUUGGCCACGCAGAUAAAUGAGCAACGUGCCAGAAUGGAGGAGUUGUUCGCAAAAGGUCUGAUUAAGGUCUCCGCUAACAAAGCGCGCUUCAAGCCCAAGCCCGACGGAUGGGACAGCGACCUAGACGGACCAUGGGAAGAGCAGCCCGGCGCUAUAGAGCGUGCAUCUGAAGAUCUGGAGGAUGCUAACGACGUUGAAGAGGAAGAGGACGGAACGCCUGCUCCCAAGACCGCGACAAGAGGACGGGGACGUGGACGAGGCGGCCGAGGAGCAACAGCAGCUUCGACACGCAAGGCACCCGCACCCAAGAAAGCCAAAACAACCGCAACGACGACGGCAAGAGGAAAGAAAAGAGCUGUACCUGAUGAUGACGAUGAUGACGAAGAGGAAGAGGACGAUGUCGUCAUGCUUGAUGACGAGGAUGAAGAAGACGACUCCCAAGCCAUGUUCUUUCCUGACAAGCGCAAAAACGGUACAGCAAGCACAAGCACACGUGGCCGCGCCGCUGCACCAGCAUCAAGCACGAGGGCUAAGAAAGCCGUUUCUCCAGCGAAGAAACCGCCUGCUCGUGCCGCCGCGUCGAGAGGCAAGCAGUCGACACUCAGCUUCACGCAUUCACAGGCAAGUAUCCUGGGUAAUGGUAGUGGUCGGAAUGCUCGGCCUCAGAGUGCAGACUAUGAUAUCGAGGACGAAGAAGAUGAUGAUGCAUUUGAACCUAUCCCCGCGACACGCAGAAGACGAUGAAGGACUCUGCAGUGCUGUGUGUGGCGAGUUGACACACGGUCGAGGACGAAGGCAUGAUAUGAUGUUUCUGUAAUAAAUCAAAAGCAAAAAGCGACUGAGCAUGACUAAGGCAGUUGUGAGGAUACCAGAGCGAGCUGAGACAUAGCUAUCAAGAGGAAGAGACCCAAAU